AUGGGCGCAAACUCCUCCAAGCCGGCCGAUGGCCAAGCCUCGCACGUCUGGAAGGCUUCCGGACCUUUAGGCGUAUCGCACGAGAUCGUCGAGUCGCUGCAGGGAAGCACCGAGACCGAUAGAUCGCGUGCCCAGACCAUCGAGCUCGCCGUCCAGGCCCGCGUCGCCGAGGAGCUGAAGAAGCUGUCCUCGCAGGAGUCGGCCGCCCUGACCGCGGCCCAGAAGAAGGCCCUCGAGUUCACCGAGACCGACGCCCAGAAGGAGGCUGCCAGCAACAGCACGCCGGCAGUGUCCAAGGAGGUCGAGGCCCUCCGCGCGCGCCUCGACAAGCGGAAACAGCUGCGCCAGCUCCCUGAGAGCGUCGAAAAGUCGCGGAGCGAGGUUGUCCAGUGUCUGAUUGCCAACGACCGCCGGCCGCUCAACUGCUGGAAGGAGGUUGAGAGCUUCAAGGAGGAGGUCCGGAGGUUGGAGAAGGAGUGGGUUGAAAAGGUCGUGCGAUAG